CGAGGUUGUCCCGGGAGAGUGCUUGGACUGUGCAGAGCGUUGCGGCCUCUUUUGGGUUCGACCUCACGCUCCUAUCGUUCCGCCCACUCUCCGGCCAGGUUCUUCCAGGCUUUUUGGUUGGUUUCCUGGGUGUUCGACCUCAGGUCUUAACUUUAUGCAGCCUGUGCCCCCCUGCCAUGAGCAUAAGGUGGCUUUUUCAGCCGUCUGCUCUCCACUGGGCAUGGAGGACCGCUGCCUUGAGAAGUACCCUGGGCAGGCAGCGGGGCGUCCUGCGCUGGACACAUUCUGGAGGCCACAGCUACAGAGCAGUCAUUUUUGACAUGGGCGGAGUUCUCAUUCCUUCUCCUGGAACCGUGGCUGCUGAGUGGGAGGUGCAGAACCAUAUUCCUUCUGGAACUAUACUGAAGGCCUUGAUCAGAGAUGGCGACAGUGGACCCUGGAUGAGGUUUAUGAGAGGAGAGAUGACGACAGAGGGCUUCUUGGAAGAAUUUGGGAGAUUAUGCUCUGAAAUCGCAAAGACUUCUGUGCCCGUGAACUCAUUUUUCUCUCUGCUGACCAGUGAGCAAGUGGCAAAGCAGUUCCCAGUGAUGACACAGGCCAUCUCUCAGAUCAGAGCAGGAGGCCUUCAGACUGCAGUCUUGACCAAUAAUUUUUAUCUCUCCAAUGGGAAAAGCUUUUUGCCCCUGGACCGGAAACAGUUUGAUGUGGUGGUGGAGUCCUGCCUGGAAGGCGUCUGUAAGCCAGACCCCAGGAUAUACCAGCUGUGCCUGCAGCGGCUGGGCCUGCAGCCCUCAGAGGCCAUCUUCCUUGAUGACCUGGGACAAAAUCUAAAAGCAGCUGCCAGCCUGGGCAUUCACACCAUUAAGGUUGGCCAACCCGAAGCAGCAGUGAAGGAGUUGGAAGCUCUUGUGGGUCUCCCGUUGUCUGGGGGUAUUCCCAACACUCGUCCUGUGAGGAAGACCAUGGAGAUUCCAGUGGAUGCCUUGGAGAAGUACCUGAAGGGCUUGCUGGGGACCCAUGGCCCCAUGGAGCUCCUGCAGUUUGAUCAUGGACAGUCAAAUCCAACAUAUUACAUCAGGCUGGCUGAUCGUCAGCUGGUUCUGAGGAAGAAACCCCCAGGGACCCUCCUUCCCUCUGCCCAUGCCAUAGAGAGGGAGUUCAAGAUAAUGAAAGCCCUCAGGAAUGCUGGUGUCCCUGUCCCCACUGUCCUUGACCUCUGUGAAGACUCAAGCAUCGUCGGCACCCCCUUCUACUUGAUGGAGUACUGCCCAGGCGUCAUCUACAAAGACCCCUCCCUGCCAGGCUUGGAGCCCGACCAGCGGCAGGCCAUAUAUGCUGCCAUGAAUCAAGUCUUGUGCAGAAUUCACAGUGUGGACCUGCAGGCCACGGGCCUGGACAGCUUUGGGAAGCAAGGGGACUAUAUUCUUCGCCAGGUGCAAACCUGGACCAAGCAGUACCGAGCAGCGGAAACCAGCAGCAUCCCAGCGAUGGAGAGGCUUAUCCAGUGGCUGCCACUGCACAUUCCCAAGCAACAGAGAACCACAGUGGUGCAUGGCGACUUCAGGCUGGAUAACCUAAUAUUCCAUCCUGAAAAGCCAGAGGUGCUCGCUGUCCUGGACUGGGAACUUUCUACAUUAGGGGAUCCCUUUGCGGAUGUGGCCUACAGCUGCCUGCUUCACUACCUGCCGUCCAGCUUUCCCAUUCUAAAAGGGUUCAGGGACAUGGAUGUGACACAGCUGGGCAUUCCAACAAUGGAGGAGUACUUCAGGAUGUACUGUCUGCAAAUGGGCAUCCCACCCAUCGAUAACUCUAACUUCUACAUGGCUUUCUCAUUUUUCCGUGUAGCUGCAAUACUACAGGGAGUCUAUAAGCGGUCACUCACAGGACAGGCAAGCUCGGCAAUAGCCAAACAAAGCGGGAAGUUCCCUGAGUUCAUGGCUGAGCUGGCAUGGGACUUCGCCAUCAAAGAAGGCUUCCGGGUUUUCAAGGAGAUGCCAGCCUCCAAACCACUAGUGAGAUCCUACCACGCAUGGGCUGGGUCGCGGCCACAGAGAACUCCAGCGGGUGUGAGGAGUUCCAGCACUGCAGCAGCUGCUGCCCCUUCUCAGGAGACAAAGGGAAGCCUGAUCAUUUCUCCAGAGGGCCUCUCUCCUCGGGUCAGAAAGUUGUAUGACCAGCUGUUGCAGUUUAUGAAAGAGAAUGUGUACCCCCUGGAGCCGGAGCUGCAGAGACACCAGGCCUCAGCCGACAGGUGGAGCCCUUCCCCGCUGAUAGAAGACCUCAAGGAGAAAGCCAAGGCUGAGGGGCUUUGGAACCUUUUCCUACCCUUGGAGACAGAUCCUGAGAAAAAAUAUGGAGCAGGGCUGACUAACGUGGAGUAUGCACAUCUGUGUGAAGUCAUGGGCAUGUCCCUGUACGCUCCCGAGAUAUUUAAUUGCUCUGCCCCGGAUACGGGGAACAUGGAGCUCCUGGUGCGGUAUGGCACUGAGGAACAGAAGGCCCGGUGGCUGGUGCCCCUGCUGGAGGGCAGGAUCCGCUCCUGCUUCGCCAUGACGGAGCCCAAGGUGGCCUCCUCAGAUGCCUCCAAUAUUGAGGCUUCCAUCAGAGAGGAAGAUGGCUCCUACGUCAUAAAUGGUCACAAGUGGUGGAUCACAGGCAUCCUGGAUCCACGCUGCAAACUCUGUGUGUUUAUGGGAAAAACAGACCCGCAGGCCCCGAGGCACCAGCAGCAGUCCAUAAUCUUAGUUCCCAUGGACACUCCAGGAAUCAAUAUCAUCCGGCCUUUGUCAGUGUAUGGGUUGGAAGAUCCCCCAGGGGGCCACGGCGAAGUACGAUUCAAGGACGUGCGUGUGCCAAAAGAGAACAUAGUCCUGGGCCCUGGUCGAGGCUUUGAGAUCGCACAGGGCAGGCUGGGGCCUGGCCGGAUUCAUCACUGCAUGAGGCUGAUUGGGUAUUCAGAGAGGGCCCUGUCACUCAUGAAGACACGCGUGAUGUCCCGCACCGCCUUCGGGAAGCCCCUCGUGGAGCAUGGCACCAUCCUGGCAGACAUUGCCCGGUCACGUGUGGACAUCGAGCAGGCACGGCUGCUGGUGCUGAAAGCUGCACACCUCAUGGAUGUGGCAGGAAACAAGGCUGCAGCUUUAGAGAUUGCCAUGAUCAAAAUGGUAGCCCCAUCCAUGGCCUAUCAAGUCAUUGACCGCGCUAUUCAGGCCUUUGGAGCAGCGGGCCUGAGCAGCGACUACCCUCUGGCUCCUUUCUUGGCCUGGGCCCGAGCCUUGCGCUUUGCUGAUGGCCCAGAUGAGGUCCACCGGCUGACCGUGGCGAAGAUGGAACUGAGGAACCACAGCAGGCUGCAGGAGCCAGCAGCACCCAGAGUGUAGGUUCUGUCCUUGGGAAGACCAGGCUGUAGGAAUCUGGACACCUGUGUGCUCUGUUCUCUCCAGAGGCGAUGGGGUUCCUUCUCAGGGCGUCUAGGAAGGCAGACGGCAUGAACCGCAGCAGACGCUCCCUGCAACUGGAAUGAAACCAUUCUGUGACAGCUAGAGUGCCCGCAUCAAGUGCCUUAUUACCAAGGGGCUUUGGGGACACAAAGAGUCUCUGUACUUCCUGUGUCACAUGAAAGACAUGGGAAUAAAAGCUCCCACAGCCCUGGGACUCAGGUGUCGGUGGCUUCCUCACAACUAUGCUGCUUCCCCUGCACUGGCCCCAUAUGCUGGGGCCCUGUGGGACGUGGAUGCCAUCGCUCCCGAUUCUCCCCAUGUCUUCUUCACAUCCCCUCACUGUAGGCCCAUAUUUCGGUAUGGUGGAGUAGCCAGGCAUAAAAGCCAUAGGCCCGGUCUGAGCUGAUCACGUAGCUCUGCAGACAAGCUGUCUCUGCGUAACAAUAGCAAGGAUGUACUUGCUAGAAAUGUAGAUCUCCUGAGGAGAGGUGUUGGCUGAAACUGGUCAGGAUGUUUGGGGCUUACUUCUUGGUAAUUUGGAGGAAGUCUUAUAGAGAUGCUAAUUCAUGGACUAUGUGACAGCUAACAUACAGGUAGAUGCGGACGAGACAGAAGGCCAUUCACCUGGUUACCUAGGAGACGAAUCUAAUGUGUUUUCCCACUCAAUUUAUGUGCUGAUAUAUAAGCUGUUUGGAGAAUAAACGAGAUCUUGCCCUUCCAUGA